CUACAAAAAGGGGAGUUCCCUCAUUCUUCAUGCUGCUUUGUGCUAAGCUUCUUUUAAUAAAUACAGUGUGCUAUGGCCGGCACUAGCCACUUGCAUCUGCUGGGCUCCAAGCUAAACCUGGCCCACCUCCUGGAGGCCUCCAAACAAGACCUUGUCAGGUUACUGGGCAACCCGGACAAGAAGAAGGUGAUAGUAUGGGACUCUGAACUGAUUGCUCCAGUCGGGAUGAUCGCUGAUGUCCAGUUCCUGCGAGAGCAUGGGGUCUCAAAGAUGGUUCGUCUGCCGGUGGUGGACCUCACUAAGGCCUACCCGGAUGAAGACGAAUAUCUAUUCCUGAUCAGACCUCAACUGGGUGUGGUCAGCGGUGUCAUAGAGGCUAUACGGACGUCCUCCAACAAGCAUAACAAGAAGUUCACGGUCAUCUUUGUGCCCAUGAAAGCCCCUCACUGUAUCACCAAACUAGAGGAGUCUGGUCUUUAUCACGAUUCAAAGGGACCUAUUCAAUUCUUUGUGGACGAGUUCCAUAUGGAGAUGUUACCAAUGGAUCAUGACGUCAUCUCUCUCGGGCUCAACUCUGCAUUCACUGACAUGUAUAUCGACAAUGACCCCACCCCCCUCUUCCUGGUUGCUAAGGCGAUCUGCAAGAUUCAAGCGCUCUAUGGUAUCAUUCCUAGAGUGUUUGGGAAGGGGAAGAAGGCCAAGACGGUGUCUGAUCUGAUGGAGCGAAUGCGUCGGGAGAUGUUCAGUAACAUGACCCCCGAGAGAGAAGUGGCCCCCCACAUUGACACUAUAAUACUACUGGACCGCUCCGUUGACCUUUUGACCCCUCUCUCCACCCAGCUAACAUACGAAGGGCUCGUAGAUGAGAUUUACGGCAUCAAACACAACGUGGCCAGGUUCCCUCGUCACACCUUCUCGGAGGAGUUCCAACAGAAGCCCACCAAGGCCGGGGCUGCUCCGCUCUCCCCUCAGCUUCCCAUACUACUCACCUCGGAGGAGAGCAUGUUUGUGGAGAUGAGGGACCUCAACUUUGCCUCUGUGGGACACUUCCUCAGCAAAGAGGCCAAGAAGAUCACUGAGGCGUAUAAUGAGAGACACGAUGCUAAGACUGUGUCACAACUGAAGCAGUUUGUGCAGAAGCUACCUCACAUGACUGCUCAGAAAACAUCACUCAGCAAGCACACAACGAUAGCAGAGUUGAUCAAGCAUGUCACUGACGACCGUUACUUUCUAGAGCAAAUCUAUGCCGAGCAACAGCUAAGAGAAGAAGAUUUUUCAGACAGAGCUUGCGAAUAUAUUGAAAAAUGCAUUGGAAAUUUGGAACCGAUAGCAAAGGUCCUGCGUCUGAUCUGUAUGCAGAGUGUAGCUAACAGUGGUCUCAAGCCAAAGAUACUGGAGUACUACAAGAGAAAUAUCGUCCAGGCGUACGGUUACGAGCACUUGAUCAGUCUGCACCACCUGGAGACGGCUGGGUUGCUAAGGUUACAGGGGGACAAACGAGUGUUCCCUCAACUUAGGAAACAACUCAAGCUCAUCCCGGGCACUGUGGAUGAUAAGGAGCCUAAGGACAUAUCGUACGUGUUCUCUGGCUAUGCUCCACUGAGCGUUCGACUCGUCGAGCUGUUUGAGAAACCUCAGGGAUGGGGUACCUUCGAAGAGGUUACUAGGGCGCUACCUGGCCCUCCAGCAUUCGCCCUGUCUCAACCAGUCUCCAAAGCUCAAGAAAAAAGACAGCGUCCAACGGUGGACCGCCCCCUCAUAGUGCUCGUGUUCUUCCUGGGAGGUUGUUCGUACGCCGAGAUCUCUGCUCUCAGGUUCCGGUCGCAAAUGGAGGGAGCCACUACUGAGUACAUAGUUGGGACCACCCACGUCACGACAGGUUACUCUCUCCUCAACUCUGUCCUCACUCAAACACCCGGGUUCAUGGCAUCACGACUCUGGGACAACCAAUUGGACGCCUCGGACAAGUCAGGUAAUGAGUCGACGGAAAGUUAAAUGAAUGUUCUAGUGUGUGAAUAUAAUUAUAAUAAGUACAUAUAAUUAUGUGCAUAAACUGGUUUUUAAUUUGUGAAGUUGUUUAUAAUUUUGUGUAUCUGCCAUAAUUACUGAAUUAUAACUUGAGACUGUUUUUGGUACCUUAUUUUUGUGUCGCAUCUGGUUUGUUGUGAUUGGAGCUUUAAUAUUGAAA